ACUGGACACAGGAAUGUUCUUGCAACGUUCCAAUGCAACGUGUAUAGAACAUUAAUAUUGAAUACUCUGACAACAUGUAACUAUGUUCUGUGUAGAUUUGGAGGGACAUUGAUAUAAUUAGUCUUCUCCUAAACCCUUACAAAAUCUAUGUUUUGAAAAAGACAGUCUGUAUGACCAAAAAUAUGAUAUUUACAUGUUGUAGUUCAUUUUGAUACUAUAAUAAAUAUUUGAAUCAUAUCGAUGCCACAUAUGCUUUCAAAAUGAGAAGUAGCUUAUUAUGUUCAAUUGAACUUCAGCAGUGGUGGAAAAAUUAGUUUAUGAAUGAAUCCAUACAUUAUCAUCCUUUACAUUUGGUGUUGCAUAAGAACGUCUUGAAAAUGAAUUAGCAUAAUGCAUCAAUGAAUGUCUAUCGUUGGAGAAAACAUACAGAUAUCUGGGUGGCAGCAGUUUAUGAAUGAAUCCAUAUAUUAUCAUGAUUUACAUUUAGUGUAGCAUAAUCUUAACAAACGUCUUGAAAAUGACAGCCCAAUGGCAAAACAAGUGAAUACAAUUACAUUGGUCUUCUGCAAAAUAAGCACCACCACUUUGCGAUAUGAGUAGAACAUUUUUGAAUGAAUCCUCUCUCGCAGUCAUCAUAUUUUACUCCUUCGGAUUCGGCUUGUCGGCUCAGUUGACGCCCAAGAAAAGAACCAGACAGCAGCGUCCUCUAGAGGUUAGAACCUACUUUAAUCCAAUUGCGCACGAAUGUGAAAUCAAUGGAGAUGAAGAUUCUAUGAAAUUACUACAGCGUGGUUGGCGUGACGGGGGUAACCGCUGACUAUAAAUGGCUUGACGCGUUCUAUCCGAACAUACCGAUAAACUUUGCCUCAACGGGUUUCCAACCGCUGCAAGAGGCAAAUAACAUCCUUUCUAGUUGGUUUGCUAUAAUUGAAGGUUAUCAGAGGUGUUGCGAGUGACAAUAGCCAGAACACAAAUCUAAGUUACCAUGAAGUCCACCUGCCUGAUCAUUCUGGCAUCUCUGGCAGUCUGCAACCUGACCGUGGCUCGAGGACAGAGCAUCCCCGAUCAAGAGAAAACGGGAGACCGGCAGAUAGACGACAUCAUCCUACAGAGGGCCGAGGGCAUCCUGCUCCGCUCCAUUCUAAAAAUGACAGAGGAUGAGGAUGGUGUGAAUGAGGCAUUGUCCUCUCAGCCAGAGUGGCUAGUGAAACGGCAACACCCUGGUAAACGAGAGGAGGACGAGGACGAAGACGAAGACUCAGGGGAGGUCCAGAAAAGACAGCACCCAGGAAAACGUGAAGACGAAAUUGACUCUUUUGUGGAGCUCCAGAAGACGCAGCAUCCAGGCAAGCGCUCAAUGGUGGAGCAGAUUACAGAGAACUCCGCAUUUCUAAGUGAACUCUCCAAACGGCAGCACCCGGGCAAGCGCUACCUGAUGAUGUACAGCAAGCGCCAGCAUCCUGGCAGGCGAGAUGUGGACGACGAGUCAGACGCAGGGGACCUCCAGGAGUUGGAGAAGCGCCAAGGGGACCUCCAGGAGUUGGAGAAGCGCCAACAUCCCGGCAAACGUUACUGGUAUGACAUGAGUCCGGAUUUGGGCGCCAACAGUCCCUGUGACGUGCUGGACCCUGGCUGCAGUAAAGCCAACCUGUUGCUCGAGCUGUUAGACAACGUGACAAAGAGUCGCGCCGCGGAGAAGAGACAGCACCCGGGCAAGAGGUCCGCACCUGAGGAGGAUUUGACUGAACGGGAGUGACGAGUGGGCUGGCGCCUGCGAAAUACUGUGUUGUAAAAAAAAAUCUGUGUAAAUUGAUACAAUUAAUAAUUUCAAGUGGUUUAUUAUGAAUAUAAUAUGGACCCCUCUGCCAUGGGUAGUCUAUAGUUUAUUUGGCAAGCUGCUUUUAUGACGAAUACUCAGAAAACGUCUCCAGAAAGUAUACUGAGAAAUGUUUAAAUUA